AUGGCAGCGCGACCCUGGGCUUCUGGGCCACGCGCCGCCCCGUGCCGCGCUCCGUGGAGCCUGGAGCCGCCUGACGCCGCGUCACAUGCCGCGUGGGCCUCGGACGCCAUCACUCGGCACUUCUGGGACUGGAUGACAGCUCAUCCACGCGACCCUGGGCUUCUGGGCCACGCGCCGCCCCCGUGCCGCGCUCCGUGGAGCCUGGUGCCACCUGACGCCGCGUCACACGACGCGUGGGCCUCGGCCGCCGUCACUCGGCACUUCUGGGACUGGAUGACAGCUCAUCCACGCGACCCUGGGCUUCUGGGCCACUCGCCGCCCCCGUGCCGCGAUCCGUGGAGCCUGGAGCCGCCUGACGCCGCGUCACACGCCGCGUGGGCCUCGGCCGCCGUCACUCGGCACUUCUGGGACUGGAUGACAGCUCAUCCACGCGACCCUGGGCUUCUGGGCCACGCGCCGCCCCCGUGCCGCGCUCCGUGGAGCCUGGAGCCGCCUGAAGCCGCGUCACACGCCGCGUGGGCCUCGGCCGCCGUCACUCGGCACUUCUGGGACUGGAUGACAGCUCAUCCACGCGACCCUCGGCUUCUGGGCCACGCGCCGCACCCGUGCCGCGCUCCAUGGAGCAUGGAGCCGCCUGACGCCGCGUCACACGCCACGUGGGCCUCGGCCGCCGUCACUCGGCACUUCUGGGACUGGAUGACAGCUCAUCCACGUGACCCUGGGCUUCUGGGCCACGCGCCGCCCCCGUGCCGCGCUUUGUGGAGCCUGGAGCCGCCUGGCGCCGCGUCACACGCCGCGUGGGCCUCGGCCGCCGUCACUCGGCACUUCUGGGACUGGAUGACAGCUCAUCCACGCGACCCUGGGCUUCUGGGCCACGCGCCGCCCCUGUGCCGCGCUCCGUGGAGCCUGGAGCCGCCUGACGCCGCGUCACACGCCGCGUGGGCCUCGGCCGCCGUCACUCGGCAAUUCUGGGACUGGAUGACAGCUCAUCCAAUCCUGUUCACGUGCCUGACCUUCCCUAACCAGCAAACGACGUUAAAUGGCAACGCGACCCUGGGCUUCUGGGCCACGCGCCGCCCCCGUGCCGCGCUCCGUGGAGCCUGGUGCCACCUGACGCCGCGUCACACGCCGCCAAACGACGUUAAAUGGCAGCGCGACCCUGGGCUUCUGGGCCACGCGCCGCCCCCGUGCCGCGCUCCGUGGAACCGGGAGCCGCCUGACGCCGCGUCACACGCCGCGUGGGCCUCGGCCGCCGUCACUCGGCACUUCUGGGACUGGAUGACAGCUCAUCCAAUCCUGUUCACGUGCCUGACCUUCCCUAACCAGCAAACGACGUUAAAUGGCAGCGCGACCCUGGGCUUCUGGGCCACGCGCCGCCCCCGUGCCGCGCUCCGUGGAGCCUGGAGCCGCCUGACGCCACGUCACACGCCGCGUGGGCCUCGGCCGCCGUCACUCGGCACUUCUGGGACUGGAUGA